GAGUUCGUCAGCCACUGUUGUAACUGAGAGAGCAAAAUAAACCCUAAAACCUAAAGAUGGAUGACACUGAGCUACUCGUUAGCAGCGAUCAGAAGAUGGAAGACGCUUCAACCGUAAACCCUACCCCUGCCCAAACCAUCACACCCUCGUCGGAUGAUUCCGGCGAGUCCGAUUCCGAUUCAGAGGACGAGGCCGAGUCGAAUCACCAGAUUGAAGCCCUCGAGUCGGAGCUCUCCGCCAAUCCUUACAACUACGAUGCUUAUGUCCAAUAUAUAAAGCUUCUGAGGAAAACAGCGAACCUUGAGAAGCUAAGAGAAGCAAGAGAAGCUAUGAGUGCUAUGUUUCCGUUGAGUCCUUCUUUGUGGCUUGAGUGGGCACGGGAUGAGGCGUCUUUAGCGUCUAGUGAUAAUGUGCCUGAAAUUGUUAAGCUUUACGAACGGGGACUUUCUGAUUAUCAGUCUGUAUCUCUUUGGUGUGACUACCUGAACUUCUUGCGUGAGUUUGAUCCAUCCGUACAUGGGUAUACACCUGAUGGAGUCUCAAAAAUGAGGAAUCUUUUUGAACGUGCUAUUCCGGCUGCGGGAUUCCAUGUUACUGACGGCAAUAGAAUAUGGGAAGGAUAUAGAGAGUUCGAGCAAGGCAUCUUAGACACUAUUGACAAGGCUGACCUUGAGGAAAGGAAUAAACAGAUACAAAGGAUUCGGAGCAUAUUUCACCGUCACCUGUCUGUUCCGCUGAAAGAUUUGAGCUCCACGCUUACUACAUAUAAGGCUUGGGAGUUGGAACAGGGCACUGACCUUGAUAUUGGAUCUGAUGAUUUGAGUAAGGUUUCUCCCCAGGUUGCUGUUGCAAACAAGAAGGCACUACAGAUGUAUAGUGAACGUGCCCAUCUUGAAGAGAACAUAUCCAAGAAAGAUUUAUCCGACACGGAAAAGUUUCAGCAUUUAAUGAGUUACAUUAAGUUUGAGCAGACGUCUGGAGAUCCUACCCGAGUUCAAGCUAUAUAUGAACGUGCUGUGGCUGAAUUCCCGGUUUCAAGUGACUUGUGGAUAGACUACACCAGCUAUCUUGAUAAAACUUUGAAGGUUGGAAAAGCUAUAACGCAUGCUUAUUCUAGGGCGACUAGAAGUUGCCCUUGGACUGGAGAUCUUUGGACUCGUUAUUUGCUUGCUUUAGAGCGUGGUUCUGCAUCUGAAAAAGAUAUUUAUGAUGUCUUUGAGAAGUCAUUGCAGUGCACAUUUUCCUCUUUUGAGGAGUACCUGGAAUUAUACCUCACUCGAGUAGAUGGUCUGAGAAGGAGAAUGAUUUCAACUUCGAUGGUGGAGACUUUGGAUUAUUCUCUAAUAAGAGAAACUUUUCAGCAAGCAUCUGAUUAUCUAACGCCUCAGAUGCAAAAUACAGACAGUUUGGUGCGUUUACAUGCUUACUGGGCUAACUUGGAACUGAAUAUUGGAAAAGAUCUAGCUGGAGCAAGAGGUGUUUGGGACAGCUUUCUGAAAAAGAGUGGUGGGAUGCUAGCAGCCUGGCAUGCAUAUAUCGAUAUGGAAGUACGUUUGGGGCAUGUAAAGGAAGCAAGAUCUAUUUACCGGAGGUGCUAUACAAGAAAAUUUGAUGGGACUGGCUCAGAAGAUAUAUGCCAUGGAUGGUUGCGCUUUGAAAGGGAGCAUGGAGCUUUGGAAGAUUUUGACCAUGCAGUACAAAAGGUAACACCCCGCUUGGAAGAGCUACAACUGAUAAGGCUACAACAAGAGUCUGCACCUGUCAAACCGUCAGCCGGCGUAAAAGAGCAUAACCCACAAAAGAGUACACGUGAAAAGAGAAAAGCUGGACCGAAUGUAGAAGAAGAGUCUUCUGCUAAGCGGCAAAAGAGUAAAGGUCAAAAGAUGAAUGACGAGGAAGCAGAAGGUAAGACUGCAACUGUACCAAACAAAAUAAGUAAGUCAGAGACUGAAAAAGCAGCUGAUUCAAAGAGAGAAGAGUCAGAAGGCGCUAAACCAGUGAAGCCGAAAAUCUUUACAGACGAGUGUACAGCUUUUCUUUCAAAUCUCAGUCCUAAGGCGCAAGAGGAAGAUAUACGCAAGUUCUUUAGCGAUGUUGGUGGUGUUGCUUCCAUUCGCAUUCUCCAUGACAAAGGCACUGGAAAACCAAGGGGACUGGCAUACGUUGACUUUGUGGAUGAUGAGCACCUUGCAGCAGCUAUAGCAAAGAACAGAAAGAUGUUACUUGGUAAGAAGAUCAGUAUAGCACGGUCAAAUCCAAAGAAGGGUAAAAAAGAUUUCACUCGGCGUGGAAAUGAAGGUUCGGGGAAUUCAAAGGACACAUCCCAGGUUUCUGACAAGGCGAAAGCAUCUCUUGAUGGCGAAACAGAGGGUGAAAAGCGAGGAAAUGAAGUGGAGGUGAGGGGUAAGAACACGUUCGCCAUCCCACGAACUGUUAAAGCACUCGGCUUCACGACACCCAAACCCAUCGCAGUAGAUGAGACGCCAAAAUCAAAUGACGAGUUCAGGAAUAUGUUCCUUAAAAAGUAAGGCUUUGGGCUUUGGUCCCUUCUCUUCUCUUCCCCUGGAUACAACUUUCUUGUUCUUCUUUUCUUAACACACUCUCUGAACCAAUCUUAUGUUGUAGACUGACAAUGUCGCAUCUGAAGCUCUCGUUUGUGUUAAGAUAAUUAGAUAAUUUUCAAUAACUAAAUAUACAAUUUGAAGUUAUUGCAAGAUUACCAUGUUUUCA